AGAGAGCGAGCGAGCGCCAUAUCAAGAUUCAAGAACAGCAUAGAACAGGAAUUGAUGUGUAUUUGUUGAUGAAAGUUGAUGAAUUGAUGAUGAUGAAAAAAAGUCGUACACCGCAGUUUGAUUAAAGCUGAGUGACUUCAAUUCGACCACAUUGCCUAGCCCACUCUCUCAUAUCACUCCAACGCUACCCAAUCAUUAUUUUCUAUCGCUCACUCUUCUAGAAACCCACCCCGCCGCUGCCGUCACCGCCACCACCACCACCACCGUCACCGUAACCCUAUUUUUCUGACGUAAUUACUUUGCUGAAUUGGCAAUCAAUUGAAUCUGGGUGACAUAUGGGUGAACAAACACUAGGUCAAGAACAAUCCCUAACACCAACCCCGAUUGACCCUCCACCUCAACCUCCCUCCAACACCCCCGCUGCCGCGCCUGUCAUCGAGACCACCACCGUUGCCAACGCCACCAUUGCUCAUGUUUCCCCCACAGAAUCCGAACUGAGCAACAAUAAUGCUCCUCCUCCGCCAACAAACCCUACCGCACCACCUUCCAAAAUCCCCCUCCGCCCUCGCAAGAUCCGGAAGCUCUCCCCUGACCCCGCCGUCUCCCAGCCUCAAUUGUCCUCUGCCGCCAUCACUGAACCUCCAAAACCAACCUCAUCCUCCAACUCGUCCUCCGCAGCCAAGUCUGCCAGCCGGAGCACCAAAACCGCUCAGCAGCAGCAGCAGCAACAGCAACAACAACAACGAGCCCUAGCGGUUCCGAGGGUUGUAGCGAGGUCGCUAUCGUGCGAAGGAGAGGUGGAGAUCGCACUCCGCUACCUCCGCAACUCGGAUCCGCUCCUCUCCCCUCUAAUCGACAUCCACCAAGCACCAACCUUCGACAAUUUCCACACCCCUUUCCUUGCCCUAACGCGCAGCAUUCUCUAUCAGCAGCUCGCCUAUAAGGCUGGAACCUCUAUCUAUACUCGAUUCAUCUCUCUCUGCGGCGGCGAAGCCGGCGUUGUUCCUGAAACCGUUCUUGCCCUAACUCCUCAGCAGCUCCGCCAAAUUGGGGUUUCUGGAAGGAAGGCCAGUUACCUUCACGACUUGGCCAGGAAGUACCAGAAUGGGAUACUCUCCGAUUCGGCCAUUGUAAAUAUGGAUGAUAAAUCUCUGUUCACCAUGCUCACAAUGGUGAACGGGAUUGGGUCCUGGUCUGUUCAUAUGUUCAUGAUAUUCUCACUCCAUAGACCCGAUGUUCUUCCCAUCAACGAUCUUGGAGUCCGCAAAGGGGUUCAGCUUCUCUACAAUCUUGAGGACUUGCCCCGCCCUUCUCAGAUGGAUCAGUUGUGUGAGAAAUGGAGGCCUUAUCGCUCUGUUGCUUCGUGGUAUAUGUGGAGAUUCGUUGAAGCCAAGGGAACGCCUUCUAGUGCGGUGGCUGUGGCCACUGGUGCGAGUUUGCAGCACCACCAGCAGGAGCAGCAGCAGCAACAGCAGCAGCACCCUUCACAGCCUCAGCUUCUGGAUCCCAUAAACACCAUGUUUAAUAUGGGGGCGGCCUGUGCUUGGGGACAAUGAUUGCCGUGGAAUGUAGAGAACUGAAGCAUCAGAUAGCGGUCGAUCAGAUUUGAAGUUGCAAAUUCUAGGCAUGAAGUGUACUUAUUGGUAGAUUUAGGUUGAAACUCGAACAAUGGAGCAUUUAAGGAUACGAGUGUAUGAAUUGCCUUGUGUUCAGCAAGACCAGGGCAAGAGUAAUAAAGGCUUGUCCUUAAUUUUGUUUCAUUAUUGUUGCAGCAGGAGACCAUUUUGAAUAUGUCAAACUGGACUUUCAUAUGACAAUACUAAAGAGUGCACUGAUCCACUGUGUUCGGCUUUUUGCCGCUUGGACCCU